AUGGACUUUCUACAGCGCCUGUCGCAAUUCCUCGAUCGCCCGCUGUUCCCAUGGAAGAGGCUCAUCCUGGGCUUCUCCGUCGGCCAGUACGUCUUCGAAUCUCUGCUCAACUACCGCCAGUACCGUAUUCUCCAGCUGCCCAAACCCCCCGCCGUCCUCGCCAAAGAAGUCAACCAAGAAACCUUUGACAAGUCGCAAGCCUAUGGUCGUGCCAAAGCCCAAUUCUCCGUCGUCAGCGGCCUCUGGGGCCAGAUUGUCAACUUCGCCUUUGUCCAUUUCGAUGUCAUGCCUAAACUGUGGUCCUGGACCGGCGACCUGCUGCUCAAGUAUGCGCCGGCGCGCUUCACUGGUGAAAUCUCGCACUCGAUUGUCUUCGUCUUUACGUUUAUGCUGCUGUCGCAGGCGCUGAGCUUGCCUACUCGCAUAUACAGCACUUUUGUCCUGGAAGAGAAGUUCGGCUUCAAUAAGCAGACGCCUGGCCUGUUCAUCUCUGAUCUCGUCAAGACGAAUCUGCUUACUGCCGUCCUCAUGCCCCCUGUCAUUGCUGGUUUCCUCAAGAUCAUCCAAAAGACUGGCUCGCAAUUCGUCUUCUACACUUGGGCCUUUACUGCCAGUUUGCAGCUUCUGAUGACUACUCUGUAUCCCACCUUCAUCCAGCCCCUGUUUAACAAGCUCUCUCCUCUCGAGGAUGGCGAGCUCAAGACAAAGGUUAAUGAAUUAGCAGCCAAGUUCAAGUUUCCCCUGCACGAGCUGUACGUCAUCGAUGGUAGCAAGCGCAGCGCUCACUCCAACGCAUUCUUUUACGGCCUCCCAUGGAAGAAGCACAUUGUCAUCUACGAUACUCUCUUGGAAAAGUCCGAGCCGGAAGAGGUUCUCGCUAUUCUGGCUCAUGAACUCGGUCACUGGAAGCUCGGCCACACCACAAGCCUCUUUGGAAUCUCUCAGGCCCAUCUCCUCUACGUCUUUAGCCUCUUCUCUGUCUUCAUCAACAACCGCUCCCUCUAUUCUUCCUUUGGCUUCCACAACGAGCAUCCCAUCAUCAUCGGUUUCCUCCUCUUCUCCGAUGCCCUCUCGCCAAUGGACACUGUCAUCCAGUUCCUCCUGCACAUCGUCUCCCGCACCUUUGAGUUCCAGGCUGACAAGUUCGCCAACGACCUGGGUAUGCGCACCGAGCUGGCCACAUCGCUCAUCAAGCUGCACAUUCAGAACCUCAGCUCCAUGGACGCUGACUGGAUGUACGCGAGUUAUCACUUCUCCCACCCUCAUCUCUCGGAGCGCCUCAAGGCCCUGGAUUGGAAGGGCGAACAGGCUGUUAGCGAGAAGGAGGACGAGGGUGUCGUCAAAGCCAGUGGCCGCGACGAGUUGUAA